GCUAGCGAACCCACGUGCAAUAACACCAUGGACAGUCAGAAUCCAAAACAAAAACUUUAUUCAAUGGAGAUGGGGUUCAGAGAUGCAUAAUGACAGGCAAGCAUAAGCUAUUUGUGGGCUCAAGCCAGCGAGGAUUUUGUUUUUUUUAACCCCCUGGAGAGAAUCUGAAACACAACAAAACAAUGAAUGAAUGAAUAGUAAUUGUAAUCGGUCAAUGCAAACAUAUGUGAGUUUUGUGGCCAAGGGUCUGCAUCAAAUUCUCAAAAUCUACAUUAAAAAAGGAAUGGCAGGUUGUCAGCAUUGAUUUUUAGUGACCGAACCAUUUGAUAAAACUUGGAAUUACUGCAUCUGAUUGAGAAAGUAUGGAUUCCUCUCAUCGUUCUUCAUUCACUGGAAAAGUAAAACGGACACCAUGGUGGAUGAAAAGCCUCACUGGGUGGUCUUAUAUAAUUUAUGAGAUGUUAUUCCAAAAGAUGCAAGCAAGGCAUCUGAAAAAUCCAUUGCCUUUACCUCCUCUCCAUGAUGUUGCAUGUAUUGUAACUGGAUCCACGAGUGGCAUUGGACUUGAAACUGCUAGGCAAUUGGCUGUGUCUGGGGCACAUGUUGUUAUGGCUGUACGAAACCAAUCUGCAGCCUUUGAUUUGAUCAUGAAGUGGAAGGAUGAACGACCUGGAACAAGCCUGCUCAGUGUUGAGGUGAUGGAGCUGAAUCUUCUCUCCCUUGCUUCUGUUGUGAGAUUUGCUAGGGCAUGGAACUCACGCUCAAAACCUUUGCAAGUUCUUAUCAAUAAUGCUGGAAUCUUUUCCAUGGGAGAGCCGCAGAAGUUCUCAAAAGAUGGGUACGAAACACACCAGCAAGUAAAUUUUUUGGCUCCUGCGUUGCUUUCUAUACUGCUUUUGCCAUCUCUCGUUAAGGGCUCUCCCAGCCGAAUUAUUAACGUGAACUCCAUUAUGCAUUAUAUGGGCUUUGUCGACACAGAUGACAUGAAUUUUACUUUGGGGAAAGAGAAAUUCAAUAGUUCAAAGGCAUAUUCAAGUAGCAAGCUUGCACAGGUCAUGUUCAACAGUGUCUUACAGAAACGCCUGCCUCCUGAAGCUGGCAUUAGUGUGUUAUGUGUAUCUCCUGGAACUGUUCACACAAAUGUAACAAGGGACCUUCCCAAAUUGGUGCAAGUUGCUUAUAAUUUCAUACCAUUGUUUCUCUUUAGUGCCCAAGAAGGUUCAAGAAGUGCACUUUAUGCAGCUACUGCUCCUGAAAUUCCUGAAUACUGCAAGGCACUGAAGGCUGAUGAAUGGCCCACUUGUGCUUAUAUCUCACAUGAUUGUCGUCCCACACGUGCUGCCAACGAAGCACAUAACACAAGAGCUGCUAAUGAAGUAUGGGAAAAGACAAUGGAUAUGAUUGGCCUUCCUCUUGAUGCUGUAGAGAAGUUGCUCCAAGGGGAAGAAGUCAUGUGCAAGUACAAGGAUAGCUGAAGUAAGUUUCUACUCCACCUUUUGCCUGAAUUGAUUUGACAGAAACCUGCCUUCGAUUUGUCGAGGAUAUCUUAGCCAUGCAGAACUAGCAUCUCUUGCACAUAUUUCCAUUUUUGGCUAUUCUCUUCAAUUCAAAUUAAUUAUAAAAUUUAUUUCUGUUGGUUAAGUCCGAAAAUUUGUAGUAAGACACGUUAAGAGUUUAGCCAGUGGACAUCAAUGCAUGGAGCAUGGUUUUCCCUGUUG